AGAGAGAUCGAGGGGAGAGUGAGUGGAGAUGGAGAUGAUGGUGAAGACUGGUUCUAGUCAUAGACCUCAGCGCUUCUAUUCCAGUGAGAGACUUUUUGUGCCACGGAAUCCAACCGUUGAGCUGUUCCUAUGGUUCGAACGCCAUGAGGGAUGGCCCGUGCCAGGUCAACAGCUGCGGCUACGGCAGAGGCAAAGUGACCUUGUCCCUGGAUGCCGGCAGACAUCAGCAGCAGAACCCCCAGCCGGACGGGCCCCCAGACCCUCUGAGGGGCUCCCCCUGGAGGAUGGACUCCAGCAGCCAGGCCUGCUCCGGCCCAGAGGACAACUCCACAGACCAGCAGGAGACCUGUGCCGAGACCUCCACUCUGACCUACAUCGAUGCCCACAACAUGGACGAAUCAGGAGAGAACAACAGCCUCCGGGGCUCGGGGCCGGCGGAGGUGGUCUGCUUCAAGGUGUUUGUCCUCAUCGAUGACGAUGACGACGGAGACAUGUCGCUGAGAGAGAAGAUGGUGACGGACAUGUCCGUUAUGGACGGCAACGCCGCCGACCUAGUGGGCGGGAGGCUACUGUCCACCUCCAGCGACUCCUUAUCCCACGGCAAGGCGGAGCCUCCAGGCCCUGAGGCCCCGCCUCUCCAGGAAGCCCAGGCCACGCGCACAAAGCCGAGCUGCUGUUUCUGUACCAUUCAAUGACCGGCUGGGGAGCACUGCCGGUGAUCUGAUGGCUUUAGAGACUUGCCCAACGGAACAGACCCUUUUCACAGAGGUGCCAUCGUAGGACAAACACAGGUGUCACUCGUAAUACCAAUUGUGGGUCUUUUACUUCCAUGUGCAAGGACAAGGGUCAUAUGCUAAAGCGAAGAUAUCCUAUGGACCAUGGAGCCUGCUACAUGAAAAGAGCAGACCCAUAAUUAGGGUGAACGACCCCUUUAUUUUAUCCUACAUUGACACCUCUGUGAAAAAGUCUAUGGAAGGUUUACAUUUAGUCAUUUAGCAGGCAUUUUUAAUCCAAAGGGACCCAGAGCCAUCUUGGAUCCAUGUCUUUCAGGAGCAGGUGGGGGGUUAGGGCCUCUUGUUCAAGGACGCCAGCUGGUCGGUGGCAGACAUUGGGGUUUGAACCUAGUCUUUUGGCCGGAAGUCAAACACACUCACCACCAGGCUAUACCGUAUUGACUCCUACUUAAUGUGGCCUCUGGAUGUUAGCUCAUACAGGCCUUCGAUUGUACCCUCUAUGUUUGUGUGUGUGGGUACCAAGAGUAUCAAUAACAACACUACAUUAGCUAGUUUCCAAACUCUACGUAAACAACAACACAUGGGCAGCAUCAAAGACUUGUUCAUGCAUUUAUGCAUUUAUUUGUCAUUUGCAGAUGUUAUAGGCAUUAAGGUCACCUUCCAUAUAAUGUACAUGUAAUGUACUUACAAUCGCCAUUGAUUCACCUGAUGGUACUGUAUAUUCAUUUUGAUCUCAAGGUUUGAUAGUCUUUAAAGUUAAUUGCAGAUCAACUAUGGUAUUUAUAGUGUUGGAUUAAUUCUAAUCAAUUUGUACAGUUUGAAGCCAUUUUGUUAGAUACAUAAUUAAAGCAGUUAAUUCAUAUUUCAAGAACAGCAAUAGGCAAAAUGUUGUUCCCUGCAACAAAAUUGCAUCCAAUCUUUAAUUAAUGAAUGCAGAUUCAUCGAUAUAUAAAAUAAAUACAUAAACAUUGAAUCCUGCAAGGGAAUUCAAGAAAGACCUCACAUUACUCUGGUUGGUUGUUACUCAUGGAAAUAAUUAACUUAAUUAAAACACACAUUUUCACCUUUUCGCUUACUUAUCUUUGGAAGUCAAAGAUAUUCAUGCUACGCCACCAACCCAAUACAGCGUGUGAGUGUCAGAACCCAGGACUUUAGAAUUGACCAUACCCAUGAGGAUUUGAGGUUACUCAUAAUGUUGAUAGCUGUAUGAUUGAUGAGUGUACUGCAGUUCUAUAAUCAAACGACCUGGUCACGGGACAUUUACAUAGUUUUGCAUAAGAAUAAAUAAAAAAAAUCUAUUAAAUCCU